AUGUGUCUGGUGGUUAAUGGUUUACCUGCUACUGAAGCUUACUCCUCUGAAGUUGCGAAGUUGUUCUUGUGUUCAUUGUUGGCGUUAGCCAGCUGGUCGAAGGUGGAUUGGGAUUCGAUGGACCGCCUUUCGGUGGACUACCCUCAAUCGGGCGCCCAUAAGGAGGAUAUGGCAUGCGUGGCCUCUGGUCCAUCAUCAACUGACCCAUCAUGAUCGCUUUACCUUGUUUAUAAGUUCAUCUUUCACAAUAAAGAUUAAUCAUUGUCC